GGAAAUAAACAAGAUUCCUCGUUGUCUCUAUAAAUAGUCAUUCGAAGCUGCCAAAAAGUCGUGACGAUUUUAAAUGAAAGCACAUAAAUACACUGACCCAAGGCGGACGUGCGAAAAAAUCAUCCUGAGCAGUGACUGCUUUCUAUCAAGAAUGAGCAUACUAGCAGAAUCUGAUGGGACAGGGUCCUGGAUACUACUUGAAGAUGAUGAUGACAAGGAGAAUACUGCUGAAUGUAAAGACCUUCAACCAGAACCAGAACCUAAGCCAGGAGGAAAGGAAAAUGAUGAGGAUGAAGAAGAGAAAGAGGAGCAACAAGCUGAGAAUGCAGAGCAACCCUUGAGACUUGAAGAAUUAACUUUACCAGAAACUGACUCAGAUGGAAUCAGCGUGAUUACGGAUCCUGAGGAUUUAGUGGACGAAUAUCCUGCUGCAGAACAAAUUGUGACCUUUGAGAAACGCGAGAUAACCAAAAUCAAUGAGACAAAAGAACCAGUUAAUAGGAAUGGUUUGACUUCUGCUUGUUUUAUGAUUAUUGGAUUAAUUAUCGCCAUAUAUUUUCAUGAGGUGUACGACAAAGACGUUGCUCCGAUGGAUCAACAAGAAUUUAAAACGAUCAAAGCGAAACAUGUAUUCGCGGAACCUUCGAUGCGGUUAGCCAGAGAUAUAGAGUACAUUGAAAAUAACCAUAGAAAAAGUUUUAAGAAUAAAAACGACGAACGGCAAUACGCAUAUAAAAAUGACGAACGGCAAUACGGUUCUAAAAACGAGCAGAAGAGGAAAGAUAAGAAACUUCAUGCCAAUGAUUUCCAGGAGAUGGAGAAUUUUUUGAACAAGAAGCAGCAAUAUUUGAAGAACAAGGAGGAAAAUUUGAAGAGAAAGGAUUUGAAAAUGAAUGCUAGAAGAACCGAAGUUUAUAAAAAGUUCAACAAGAAGGCUACCGACAACGUUGAUGGUGAAUGGUAUGGUAUUUUGCACAAAGGCAGAGACAAUGCUAGGAAAGCUGAAAAAGCUACUGAGUGGUUGUUUGAAAGAUCUCAAGGAAGAAAGACGAAAAGAGAUAAGGCUCGUUGGUACUUUAAUAUGAUGGAUCAACGCGAAUCGAAACGUUUUAAGAAGUAUUAAGCUUUUAAAUUUGUGAUUUAUUGUAUAUAAGAAUGUUGAACUGAUCUUUUGUCUAUAACAUAUUAUUUGAUGAUGUAUGUUGGGUUGCCUUCAAAGAAUAUUUUAAAAUAAACUAUCCUUAAA